AUCACAUUUCAACCAACCAACCAUCAAAACACAAAUACUAUUGUUGGUGAAUCUUUUGGAAACUGACCUUGGUAUUCUUUCUAUCUGUUGUUUCUGUAAUAGAUGUAUAUGUCGGAAUAGAAAACAACAGAGUUUUGAAGAAUGUCUGAAGAGAUUAUGGUGUCAAUCCUAUCAAUAUUGCCUCCCAAAUCUGUGAUGCGAUUCAAAUGCGUGCGUAAGUCAUGGUAUUCCUUGAUCAACAAUUCUAGCUUCAUAGCAAAGCACCUUUCUAAUACCAUGUGCAAUAAACACUCCACAUCCAUCCUUUGCAAGAGUUGCGUCCUCAGGGAUAUCAACACCGACGAGAAGGAAGUUGUCUGCUCAUUGAUUUCUCUUUCCAGUAAUAGCAAUAACGAUGAGCAUCACAUUCAUUCUGCAGUCGAGGACAUUCACAUUCCGCUUUCUUUUGGUGUAACCACAAGGGGCCAGUUCAAGGGGGAUGAAGUUCUAUUAGCUGUAUCUAUUAUAGGGCAUUGUGAUGGAAUUAUUUGUCUAGUAGCUUCUUUGAACAUUGUUUUAUGGAAUCCAGCAAUCAAGGAAUUCAAGAUUCUUCCCAACCAGUGCCUUCCAAAUGGGACUCUAAAUUCGAUGGCAUUUGGCUAUGAUCCCAAAUCUAAAGAUUACAAAUUUUUAAACAUUGUGGAUCCUAGUGAAGAAACACUAGGUGAGCAUCGUAUCGUUUAUGAUUUUCCCAGAAUAGAAGUAUACACCUUGAGUACCGACUCUUGGAGAGAAAUGAAGACCUAUAGUUUAGAAACAGAAACUACUAUGUUCCUAUGUUUUACCAAAUUGUACUUCAAUGGAUUUUGUUAUUGGAUCGGAUGUGAGAAACAAAAGGAUUUCAUGGAUUAUUUUGAUAGAGAUGACGAGGAAUGGGUUAGGCAGGUGAUCCAUUCAUUUGAUAUGAGUACUGAAGUCUUUGAUCAUAUAUUGCUUCCGAAUAGUUUAUACUUAUACGAGCCACUGGCGCUGUAUUUUAACAUGCACGUCAUUUUGUGGAAUGAGUCUAUUGCUCUUUUUGGCUUGUAUCAUUGGCGGUCCUGAUGCAUAUGGAGUAUGGGUAUUGAAUAACUUCGGUAGUCAGGAGGGAUCUUGGACAAAACUCUUAACCCUAGAGCUCAUACUGGGCAUUGAGAAGGAAUUGGUGUUUUGGAAGAACGACGAAAUUCUAAUGGUUGGAAAAGAUGGACGUAUAGCCACUUACAACUUCAAAGCUCAUAAGAUUAAGUACCUCCCUAUUGACACUAUGUUUCCUGAAAAUUCUGAAGCUGUUAUUUGUGUCAACAGUAUAGUUUCAGUCACACCUGAGAAGCAACGAGC